GAUGCGUCCGUCUGCAGGCGGGUCCUCGGCGCUCGGCUCGCCACGCCUGCGACGCUGCCAUGGAGACGUAGCCGCGGCCUCCUGGCUCUGCCCGGGACCUGGAUCCCUUGCGUCAGCAGGCUCACGCGUGUCCGCGAGCGCCGGUGGCAAAGUCUGCUUCGCUGGAGCAUCCGGGCAAGCGGUGACUUUGCUGGCCGCUGGGGCGUAGGGCUCGCAUCCUUCCUCCUUCCAGUAGCUCUCUGCUCCAUAGCUGAGGACCACUUCUCUCACCAGCGGAGAGGAGACCCUGGGACCACCAACCGUCUGUGGGUUAUUAAGGGACCUGCGAUUGUCCAUCCGCCUCAUCCUUCCGCUCAGCUCAUUAGCUACAUCCUUUCUUCUCUUUGCAGUGUCACCCUUGGUAAGAGUGGAAGACUGGCUAGAAGAAAGGACCUGAACCAACGCUUAGUCCACAUCCCCAUUGUGUUUUGAGUGGUAUGGACAGGCCAGCCCCUGCUGCAGACACCCUGGAUACAUCUCUUUGAGCUCAGCAGUAUUGCAGCGGUAGUGGACACCUGGCAGGCUUCCCAGGAGUGGUGUGGAGUCACUGUCAACACUAGAGCACUUUGUAGGGAAUGGCUCUCACGUGGCUUCUGAAUGGUUGGAGAUGUGUCUUGGAUUCUCCUGCCCUCCUGAGGAUCUUGCCUAUGGAAGGUCUAAGUUACCUACUUUCACUAUUAAGUUGAACAAGGACUCCCAAACUCAACAGCCAUCAAGGCUGUUGGCCAACUAGUUACAAAACAAAGCAGCCAGCUGUUCCUGGCCUAGGAGGAAAGCCAGGUGUGCAGGACGCUGGGCCUGUGGGAUGAGUGGGCGAGUCCCACUGGCAGAGAAGGCCCUGUCAGAAUCCCAUGCCCGCCUCCGGUACAGGGAUACGUCCUUGCUCAUUUGGCAACAACAGCAGCAGAAGUUGGAGUCUGUACCACCUAGUACAUACCUGAGCAGAAGCCGCAGCAUGUGGUACUCCCAGUAUGGAAAUGAGGCCAUCUUAGUUCGAGACAAAAACCAGCUUGGGGUCUCUAGGGACACUGGCCAGUCUAAGUUUUGCUCAAUCAUGUAAUUCCAGGGAGAAGACCCUUGAUGGCCAUGAAGAUCAAGCCGUGUAUAAAAACCCAACAUCCAAGAAUGUCAUCCAACACUUUAUUAGUGGCACAACAGGUACCUAGAUGCUCCUCUCACUGCCCAAGCCCAGGAAAUGCUUCCAAACAAAAGGGAAGCAAGAGAGACGCACACCCCGACCCUCACCUGCUGUGAGCUGCUGCUUGAUAGAGAAUGGAUCAGGUCCAGGGUAAGGAGGUGACUCUUCUUGCAGGGUCCCAGAUCUGUCAGCUCACUGCAGUGGCAUGUGAAAGGGGCGCAGUGCUGGUAGUGACAUUACUGCAUUGUGAUAGCAUCCACACUAGCCACCAGAUGUGGCCUCUUAUAUAGGUGUGUCGUCCUUAAGCAAAAUGUGCCCCGAAGUGAUUCCAAGCCUAAUCUAAGUGUGGGAAAAGUGGAUUCUGAUGGUGACGAAUUGGAUCCUCUCUUCUACCAGGUUGCAAAGGCACUCGUUUAGAGGCUAGCACUGUCCACCCCAUGGCUCUGCAAAUGUGGGGAUGCAUUUUGUCAAAACUGAGCUUUCUAAAUAAACAUCUUAAAGACUC